AUGCCUGCCGUGACGAGACCGGUACUCCCUCCUCUCCAGACCCCAAAGACGGCCUCGUUUCCCUCUGAGAUUGUCAACACUCCUGUGUCAUGUGUAUCGGCAAUGAUCAAACAGGAGAGUGCUGGAACUCCCAUCACCCCUCCAGUCGCCUAUACAGACUUUCUCAAGGCUCUGACACCUGUGCUGGCGAGUCCUCCUACAACAGGAGCUCUGCACAGGUCAUUGUCCGAUGAGUCGACAAGUACCAGAAACUCCAUGAUUUCCAAUGCCUCCACUUCAUCCAGUUUGUCCUCGGCCAAAAGCGAAAGCCGCAAGUCGCCAGCGGGCUCUGUACCACCAACGCCGAAUGCUCGCCACAGCCUCAAACGGCUUCGCAUACCUCACUCCCCAGCCUUUUCACCCAGCACGAGUGGCCCCUCUCCACGCACUGCAUUCAGCGGUAUGAGCGCUGGCAGUAUGAUCUUUUCCCCCUUCUCUCCAGCGGACUACCGCCAUUUCGACUCCCCGAGGAGUGCGUGCUCCAAACCAGUCAGCGUGCGGUCCGUCAUGACAAGAACGGUUGUGUACAAAAGAUCACCUCCGCUGGAACCAGCACCCAAGGGCAAGAAGCGCAAACUCGACAGCUCCGAUAUGCCUCCUCCAUCGGCCACAAAAGAACUCAUGGGCAUCUCGGUAGACAAAUUCCCCUCCACAUUGAUCGACUCGUCAUCCACCGUUGCGACCCCGCCUGAAGCACUGAGUGCUAGUACCCCUACUACUGUUUCUACGCCGACAGCUGUUGCAUCAUCAUAA